CCCGGUACGCUCAAAGGCCGAAAUCAAGUACCAAUUCCAUAAACCCUAUCGCGCUUAAACCCCAAAGAACAAGAAGAAGAAGGAAUCAAAUUCAGGAGAGAAAAGAGCACGCGUUAAUGAGCGGAGCAGGAUCACCGGAUUUCUUCUACCGAGAAUCUCAGCGCCUUAGAUAUGUUGCUCGCUCCGCCUUCAAGUUACUUCAGAUGCAGGAAAAGUACAAGUUGAUCAAGCCUGGAUCUUCUGUUCUUGAUCUUGGCUGUGCUCCUGGUGCUUGGCUCCAGGUCGCCUGCCAGAGCUUGGGACCAUUGAAGAAUGGUGGGGCUGUGGUGGGGAUUGAUAUUAAGAAGGUGAAGGUACCUCCUACGCAUUGUGAUGCCCGGGUUAAAACCUUUUCUGCUGAUGUAAUGAACUUACCCAAAGAAAAAAUCAGAGCGCUUUCACCAGAGAAUAAAGGCUUUUCAGUUAUUCUCUCUGAUAUGUGUCCCUCAGUCUCUGGGAUCACAACAAGGGAUGCAGCUUUAUCUGCAGAAUUGGGAAUGAGAGCCCUUAAUUUGGCAGUUGGCGAGGCUGCCUUGGUGUCAUCUGAUGAUAAUGUUGAAGGGAAAUCACAACCUGAUCGGUCUAGUUCGGAUAAAGGACAUGGCGGAAUCCUCUUGCCAGGAGGCAACCUUGUUGUGAAGCUUUUGGAGAGUGAAGAUGUAAAAGGUUACUUCUCUAUGAGAUACAGAAUUUGCCACCACUUUCUGGCUUGUAGUAAUUCCUAAUAAAAUGUGUGUAUUAUUUGUUCACUUUUCAGAAUUCAGCGAGGCAUGCAAACCGCUAUUCAAGAAAGCAUCAUGGUUGAGACCUAAAGCUACAAGAUCAUGCUCGAGGGAGAUUUACUUGAUUUGCCAAGGACUACGAAUUAGCGGUUAGUAAAGUACGAGACUGCUUGUUGUUUUUGAGUUUGAUAGAAUGGCAAAAUUGCAAAUUCUCUUCCAAAAAAUAUAACGACAUUUACAUUAGGGCUUUUUAAGAAGGUUAAUUUGUUUUUUAGCUUUACCACAUGUGCCCGGAUCAAUACCCAGCCUUCGUGAAUUUUUGCAAUAAUAUAAUAUCAAUAAAGCUAUCUAAGUUAAUUUUUAUUUUUUUAUUUUUUUUUGGUUGAAUAUGAGUUCACUCUUAAGUUGAUUGCAAUUUGAUCAUGGUAUCAGUUAUUUUUGUCCACUUCGCUAUACUGUCUUGGAUAUUUCAACUAUUUUUCCCCCGCUUACUGAAUUAGACUACUCUAAUUCAUUUCCUAACAAACCCCUCAUUAUAAUUAAUGAAGUAGUAAACUUUUUUGUCAUAUUCCAAAGAGGAUAUUUAUGAAUAAGUUAGUUCAGUUCAUUACUUGUAUGCAAAUGUGAAUAAGCAUAUAUAAAUGCUGAAUUAUGGGAGUGAAGAACAACAUAUUUCAGUGACCUCUUUUUGAAUAUUCUUGGGGUUUGCUCAGAGACAGAGAGGGAGAGCAUUGGAUAAUGGCAAAUUCGAAAAUCAUAUAUGUUGGCCUGAUGAUAUUAUUAGUGUUGAUGGAGGGAGCGACCGUGGCAGAUCUAACCAAGCCGGAGGCAUCAGAUGAAGCAGUGGCAUUGGCAACAUCAAGUAACAAGGUUCCAGCGUUGUGCCAAGUGGGUUGUGUCAUAAUGUGCCUCUCACGAGGCGCGCAAAUAGAUUGGGGUUGUUAUUUCAAAUGCGUGGUUGACAAUCACUGUGCUGAUCCUUAAAAUUUGCUAAUUGCCCUUUGCUGUACAAUUACUACAUCAAAAGUCAUUUCCCUCAUUUCCCUUUAGAAAAUCUCUUGAUCCUGGAAUUAUUGUCAUUGCUUCAGGUGGGAGUGUCCUCCUAGAUGUAUGUUAUGGGUGUGUGCUGUGACGCUGCGACAAUAUAAACGACCUUAAUGAGAAGAAAAUGGAGAUAGAGUAAUAAGAAAAGUAAUGAACUGGAAAAAUUUUUGUUGAGCAAUUUUGAAGCAAUUAUUACC